AUUCCAAUUACCCACGUACAUAGAAGCAAACCACACAGUCAUAUAUCCUACGCCUCUUCUCAAUUCUCACAAGCCACACAUACUAAUUCACUUCUUCAUUCGUAGAAGCAGACAAAUUCUCUCCCUCCCUCGCCCAACAGUGUUAACUCCUCCGCCACAAACUUUAAGUUUAAGGAAGCAAAAUGAGUUUCUGGUGGUAUAUCAUUGCGUUCUUCCUUUCAUCUAUGUUGAUUAUAAAGAAGACGAGAGCGAACAAGAAGAAUCUACCUCCCGGACCACCAAGACUUCCUAUAAUUGGCAACUUGCACCAACUAGGAUCAAAACCUCAUCGUUCGAUGUUCAAAUUAUCCGAAAAAUAUGGACCCCUAAUGUCUCUUAAGUUUGGAAGCGUGUCUACUGUUGUGGCAUCUACACCAGAGACUGUGAAGGAAGUCUUAAAAACGUUUGAUCUAGAAUGUUGUUCGCGACCUUAUAUGACUUAUCCUGCAAGAAUGACACACAAUUACAAAGAUCUUGCCUUUUCUUUCUAUAACAAAUAUUGGAGAGAAGUACGAAAGAUGACAGUUGUUGAGCUCUUCACUGCAAGAAGGGUAAAAUCAUUUCAAUAUAUAAGAGAAGAAGAAGUUUCAUCCUUUGUCCAAUUCCUCAAAGAGUCUGCUUCGUUGGACAAACCAGUUGACUUCAACCAAAAGUUAGUGAAACUUUCUGGGAAUGUGAUUUGUAAAGUUGCAUUUGGGAUAACUCUCACAGAAGGCAAACUUGAGAAUACUUUUGAGGAAGUCGUUCAAGGAACCAUGGAGGUGCUAGGGAGCUUUGCAGCAGCGGAUUACUUCCCAGUUAUUGGUAAAAUCAUCGAUAGGGUCACAGGAUUACAUAGCAAAUGUGAGAAUGUUUUUAAGGCACUGGAUUCAUUUUUCGAUCAAUCUAUAAAGCAUCACCAAGAAGAUGAAAGUAUCGAUGAUGAUAUCAUUGCUUUGCUCCUCAAGAUGGAAAGGGGAGAAACUGGGCUGGGAGAGUUUCAACUAACUCGAAACCACCUGAAAGGGAUUCUUCUGAACCUUCUUCUUGCGGGAACAGACACUGCUGCCAACACCGUGACAUGGGCAAUGACACAUUUGAUUACAAACCCAAGAGUUAUGAAGAAGGUGCAAGCGGAAAUGAGAGAAGUGAUCAAAGACAAAGAUGAUAUCACCGAAGAGGCUAUAGAACGACUCGAGUAUUUGAAAAUGGUCAUUAAAGAAACAUUUAGGAUAAACCCACUUGUGCCAAUACUAAUCCCAAGAGAGGCUUCAAAAGAUCUAAAGAUUGGAGGUUAUGACAUUCCAAAGAAAACAUGGAUCCAUGUCAACAUAUGGGCUGUUCAUCGGAAUCCAAAUGUUUGGAAAGAUCCGGAAGCUUUCAUCCCUGAGAGGUUUAUGGAUAGCGAGAUUGACUAUAAAGGUCUAAAUUUUGAGUUGUUGGCGUUUGGUAGCGGAAGGAGAGUGUGCCCAGGUAUAGGAAUGGGUAUGACUUUGGUACACUUGGCUCUUAUCAAUCUUCUUUACCGUUUCGACUGGAAGCUUCCUGAAGGAAUGAAGAUUGAAGAUGUUGAUCUUGAAGAAUCGUAUGGACUUGUUAGUCCUAAGAAAACUCCACUUGAGCUUGUCCCCGUCCUUACCCAAUGGACUUGAGCUUCACUUCACUUUUUAAUUUCAUAGUUCAAAAUAAAUAAUGUGAAGAUCUUAUACCAUUACCAUAUCAUAAAUAAUGUGAAGAUCUUAUACAAUUCCCAUAUCAAUAAAAUGUUUCUUCAAUCCGAAA